AGACUUUAAACGGCCGCGGCGGUUGCUGCUCGGCGUUGGGAGCGGAGUCCCGGGACCGGCUUUCUCGAGCGGCUCCAACCGGCUCGGCGGUGGCUUUCAGCUCCCGGUCGGGUUAAGUGCCCGGUUCGCGAUACAGGAUGGCUGCAAACGCUCAGCAUCAGCACCCACAGUUUGAAAGCCUCGCCCGUGAUAUUGGAACCUGGAUUCCAACUAAGACAGCCGGACAACAUGUUGGAAGGAGUGAACAGAGUGGAGUACAGCUUUACAAAACUCAGUUGCAAUUCAAUAAAGCCAUCUCAGGUGAAGCAUCCAACCUUGCAAUGAGAUUUUCAGAGCCCAGUCCCAUUAUAAUUGAAAAGCUAAGAAAACCCAAUGAAAGCAGUGUGCACCUGAAUGCCGGAAGAAGUUCAGACGAUGGGCUUCAAUUUUCUGCCGUGUCUGAAGACAAACUGAACGCGGCUGUUAAAAUGGCAAAGCGAGACUUGAGGAGAAGGCAGCUGGAGGAAAAAGUGAAGGAUUACGUGUACAAACGUGGUCAAACUCGAACAGAAGUGCCCAAACCUCCUGGGCGAGGCAAGGCAAAACCUGUUGAGAACGUCGCAGAGGGCAAGAGUCAGUCAAAGGGGAAGAACUUUGUAAAACCUGGACGUAGAGAUUCCAAAGAAGAGUUUACAGAAUCUGGUGCAAGGGUUUAUAUCUACACCCCAGACUUUAGCCAGACAAGGCUUGCCCAAUCUGAUUCACCAUUGUCUCGCGAGGAACCCACUCGUGACCCAGGACAUCAGCUGAAUCGCCCCAGAGUGUCCAACCGCAAUAAAGACAUCCAGGAAAUCCAUAGACUGAGAUCAGAACUUAGCAAGUACAUUCAGAAAAUCGAGGAGCUUGCCAGGAAAGAGAAAUGUGUGGAUGUCCUUGACCCCGAUGAAGAACACAGAGCACAGAAAAAGAGGCAAGAACAGGGCAUUCGCUCAGCGCGGAUGCUGUAUGUUCUGCAGCAGCAAGCAAAUGAAAUCCAGGAAGAGAUAGAAAAGGAACAUCCACCAGGAAUAAAGCACACCAAGAAAUCCCGAGCCAUGUCUAGGUUGGUAGCCGCCCACCGAGGAGCCAUUCGUGCCUUACAACUGCUUGUCAAUCAGCAAAUGGAGCAGCAGGUUCCUGUGCAGUGCAAGGAGCUGGGCCAGUUGAUUCGACAGCUAUCUCUUUGCUCUGCCAGACUGGAAACUGACUUGGACGCUUCCCUCUCCGAUUCCAUUAUUGACGUCCUCCAGCAAGUUGAAGACCUUGAUUGGGAGCUCGGUAAACAGCAGCCGCAAAAUAAAUCAUACGAAGCCUCACAGAAGGCUCAAAGUUCAUCUCUGCUAAACCGAGUCAAACCGCAAGGUCAACGUAGAAGCAGUUCUGCUGAAAGAUCAAGAAAAUUACCUGUCACAGGCUCACCCAAACAAUUGUCGCCCGCACGGAGACCGCUGACUGAUGACAAUCAGAACUCCCCUGAAUCUCUCAGACAGCAGUGUUCCGAUCAGAUGUCCCAAAGUCACUCCCGGCAGCAACAGCAGAAGGACGGCCCUCCAAUUCCUGAGAGGAACACAAACCUGAAGGCCGGACUCGAGGCCUCGCACAGGGCUGGAACCUCGAAGAAAGGUGUUGCAGAGAAAAGUGCAACUUCUGUUAAGAAAGGAGCAUUGUUGGCCAAUAAGUUGCAACCUGAAGGCCAGAAAGCUGCACGUCCUCUUGUAAAGAACGUGAGCUUCCAGAAGACCACGUUGUCUUCAAGACUAAAGAAAACUCAGGCAACAAGUAAAGAAAGCAGACUUCCUUGGAUACCUCCAAAUCCAACAUCCCCUCCAGGUUGUCCUCAGCGAGCUCUGUGGAAGAAGCAGGGAGCGAAAGUGAGAUCCUCCUCUCCCAAGCCCACAGGAGGAGGUGAACGGACACAGGUGGAACAAGAUAGGAAAGAGGCUGCUGAGACCGAAGCAAUCAGGUUAGCCUGGCUUGAUUCAGAGACUGCUCGCAGGAUGCAAGAACUCAAUCAACUUUGCAAACAAGAAAUGGACAGAAUACAGAAAAUGAGACCAGAAUCUCGAUCCCCCUCAAAGUUGGUUUCAAAGGCAGAAGAAGAAAUACAAGGGAGGCUUCAACCUUUGCUGGACAAAGUACAGAAUCUAACAGACUCUUGGGAGAAAAGAGAGCGAGUGAAAGAUGGAUCACUGCAACAGCAGCUAUCUUCACAAGUCACUAACAAGGCUAUAGCCAGCGCUGACCUCCUGAGUGAGAACCUAUUGGACGAGCUACUAGAGGACACGGCACAAGAACUGUGGAACUUGGAACAAAAUGCAAAAGCCCAGAAAGAGGCAGUGGUGAUGCAAGACAGCCCUACGCUGGAGACCAUGCUGCAGAGGAUGGAGGAGAUGGAAAACUAUCAGGAGGAAGUUCGCAGAAGAGUUUGCAAGAUUGAAUACGCUGAUCCUGAUUUCUGGGCUGAAGAAGAAAAACGAGAAAGAGCAUUUGUCUCCAUUGAUACGAAACCACACACUCCAAAGCCCUUCACAAUCACCAAACCCUUUGAGAAGAGUGUGCCUGAACCAGAUAUAAUACUCCAGAGGCCUUUGGAGGCUGAGGCUGAGGACUUGGCAUGGGAUGAAAGACCGCAGCCUGCUCGGAUCUCGUUACGUCCAACGCCCCAUGUGUCAUGUACCUGGAGAAAGCAAGGAAGCAAUGUAUUGUCCUUACCUGAAAGUACACUGCAAAGUAUUCGUCGUUACCAAGAGAGGUUUGACCAGCACUUAAAAAUGAUUUCUCAUGAACCCAUUGGAAAAUUCAAUCCAUGGUUAAUAACUGAAAGCUUGGCUGAAGAACUCUUGGACGAAGGUUUGCGUGAUGUAGCGGUUGAACUGCAAGACGUGUGUGAGGAGUAUGCAGAAGCUUUGUUCACUUCUGAAUUUAUGCAACCCGUGGAGUAAAAGCAGCACUCCUGAAAUAAACCAGAGCGUUUCAGCAAAGUGCCUUAAAUCACAAUAGUAAAUGUGUUCCCAUUAUGCUUCCCAAGAUACCUAUGGACUGUGAUGUGGAAAAACCAUGGUGCUUAGUGUGAUUCCCAUACAGCUCAACUCCAAAUACACUGAAUUUUUAUUUACAAACCCAAUUUUCAGCAUUGACAAUUAUCUGGGUGAUUAGAAAAAAAACAAGGGUUAGAUAUUCUUGAAGACACUAAAUUAACGAGAUUAACCAUGUGUGCUGAUAACCGAGUUCCUUUUUACUCUCAAAGUUGCCACAGUUAGUGGUGAGAGGAACGCCAAUGCGUCAAACGUAAUAUGUGACGAGUCAUUUUACUUUAACCUCAAACUUUGUCAUAAAAUUCACUGGUGGUUGGAAGCUGAGAUGUUCUGUUGAUUGGUUUAUGUAGAGAGGUUCAGGCUUUUUAAGCCAAUGUCUCAAUGCCUUCCUUGUACUCUUCAAAGAAACAAACCAUGGAAGUUUGCUUUUCCGGCGGUAAUAAUUCUUUCNAAAAAAAUUGG